CCGAUGGAAAGAGCCGAACAAUUUAUGAAGGAACAUCAAUGUGAAAGUAUAUCUUGUAACAGUGCUAAUAUAUCUAUUUAUUGCAAUCUUACUUAUUCAGAGACUGACUGUGAACAUAUUGAAGAAUUAACAAGAGGUCAAUCUAAAAAUAAUAAAAAUUAUUUACAUAUGGAAAUAAUUUCAUUUAUUAAGACAGAAAAACUGUUUUCUGUAGUUAUCUACGAUUUCUCAGAAAUACUCCCUAAAUACAGGUAAACACAUGUGGUUGCCUGGAAAUCAAUAUGCAGAACGCCACGGUCAUCCCAUUACUUGACCACGUGACUAGCCCAGCACGUUCUUUUCUCUCUAGCCUUUGAAGGAGCAACACGUGGGAAAAAUACCGGAAAAUUAUUAUUUAUUUUAAAGUUAAGUUAAAAUUAAGUCUGUGAAAAUGCCAGGAUGGGGGAGAGGAGUUAAGAGGAGGAAAACAAGACAAGCUGAAACGGCGCCAGAGGAAGAGCUGAGCAGCCCGCUUGACGACGUGUCCAAAGGUAACAAAAAUGUUGUUGACUUCGAAGAGAUUCUUCAAAGAUCAAAUGUGGAAACUGAUGAAGCACCUGCCGUGCGUUCAGUUACCGCAAACGGUCGCUAACAUUCGCAAACGGUUGCAAACAAGUUGUAUUGAACGCACCGGUAGCCGUGUACGUUCGCAAACGGUCGCUACCUACAAUCGGGGAUCGUAUGCGAAGAAAACAAAAUGGCUGCCGUGUAAGUAAACAUAUCGAUUUCUGUUAUUAAACUUCACAAAAUAGUAUAUAAUGCCGUUAAACGUUAUUCCGAGUUUGUUUAUUUCGUUAAAAUGCGACAUUUGGGAUAUUACUCAUGUUUUUUCUUUAUUGUACUUUUUGAUCAUGAUAUUAAUUUGUCAUUUUUAAAGUGAAGCUAUGUUAUAUUUUUAUUGUUUUGAAAGUUAAAUUUCAAUAAUUAGUUUCUUAUACCGUCUAGAAAUAAUGCAUCGUAAAAUUCAAGAUUUUUAAAUAUACAGAAAUGGUAUGUUUUUUAAUUUUCAUGUUUUCUUAAAUGUUGUGAUUGUCCGAAAGGUAAUUUACAUGGACAUUUUGUUGUUUAUUUCUUUCAGAAAACCCAUUUUUGCUGGUGGCUGGAUGAAACUAAGGGUUGUGUUAGAUGAUGGCGCAACAGAUGUCAUUCAGGUUGAUGCUGAGGCAUACCGAAGUAUAGUUUAUGACCAAGGUGAGGAUGAACAUUGAUCUAAAUUAAAAUCAAAAUAGUAAUUGAUAAUGCACCAGUCAAUUGUAGCCCCCCCCCCACCCCCCAGGUUAGGGGUAUAGCCCAGGUAAACUCCUUGCUUUAUGGGGACAAACUGAAGGUAAAAUCCCCGGCAAAUGCCCCUGCACCAAGGGACCCUAUGUAAGGGCAAUUGCCGCUAUAUUUAACGUGAAGACAAAACCACCGCAUUCACCCAGCACUGUGGAGUAACGGGGAAGGUAAAAAUUCUGUCCAUUUCCCGAGACCUAGGGGAUAGAGUGGUUAAAAUUGACUGGUGCAUAAUAAUUACUUAAUUUAUACUGUAUGUACUCCACUUGCCUAUGUGUAUAUUGAUUAUAGUAAUAUGGUUCUUCAGAUAAACUGUAAACAUACCUGUUCUCAUGUCUUACUAAUAAUAUCAGUGAUAAUGUUAAAAAUAUACCUCAUUUUACUUUUCUUUUAAUUUUUAAUUAGCAUGCAUAACGUCUUCAUUUUAUAUUCUUUUAUAGAUCAAGGGACUGCAAAAAAGGUUGUGGACGGUUACAAGGAAGCCUGUGGUGAGUGAUUUCAUGCAUAGAAUUACUGAACACAUUAUCAAAAUGAAGCAUAUACAGUAUCAAACAACAUUGAAAUGAUUUUUUUGCUAAAAUGCCCUAUUUUAAACAGAUAGCUUUUAUACCAAAACCUCAAAUUUUCCAGCUGUUGGAAACAAGUUAUUAGGACAUUACAUUAAGUACUAUUCUUAAAAUGCCAACAUUUAACAUGGGAAUGUGGUAUUUUAUGUGGCAUCAGCUGGAGAACCCGGUUAAAAUGAAGUAGGCCAUGUUUGUGAGUUGUGACCUCGAAUCAAAUGAUAUGUGCUCAGGCCAGGAUUGGAACCACUUUGCUUUAGCGAAAAUUAGUAGACAAGAAUUUCCUUUUAGAAGAUUUUAUUACCUAUAUUUAGUUUACUUUUAAGCCAAUUAGUUAAUUGCUUAUCAUUCUCAGCAUAUUUGAUUUCAACAGGAAGAGAUAAAUCCAUAGUUUCACUGGAAGUCAUUGGUGACGUAACUGACGUUGAUGGCAACAAUAAUGUUAUAGAUGAUGUUGUAGAUGAAGGUAAUUAUCUUAAGUGUUUUUUUUUGGCUAAUUUGCAUGUAAAUAAUAUGUAACAGUAAAAUGUGUAUACCUAUAUGUGCUUGAUUUCACCUGUACCAUUACUUAUGGACAUUUGGGGUGUUGUUACCUGUGAUGUAAAACUAAAAAUACAAACAUUUAUAAAAUAUGUAUGUGUUAUUUACUUAUUGUGUUCAUCAUUUUGUGUACUGUAUAAGUAAAUAACACCAAUAUUUGAAGUUGAAUAAAGUUGAUAGCUUUCAACUCCAGAUCUUGGAAUUCUUCUUGCAUAUAUAUCAUAAUGCUGUUGUUUUCACAUUUUUAUGUUGAAAUGCAUUUCAUUGUAAGAUAUGAUAUCUUUUAGAAAGCCAAAUGGUUGAUGAGCUGGGAAGCCAUGAUCAGCCGAUCAACAGCAUGAAGUGUACUGGAGGUAUUACUUUCUUUUUUUUUAAAUAUUAAGUGUUUUCUUUAGAAUUUGUAGAAUUGUCAUAUAUUACAUUUUAAGAAUAUGUUUUUGCUUUAUUUUCUAUAUUAAAGACACAACUUGUUUAAAAUUAUAACAUUUUCUACUAUCUUGCAACAAGUAAAUUUAAAUUUGUGUGUUUAUUCAUUUUUAUCACUUACUGUUUAACUUAUUGCUUUAUCAGUAUGACAUAAAUAGAUCCAUGUACUUGAAAUAUGGACUUUCAAUAGAUUUGUUGUCAUAAAAACUGCAGGUCUGAUGCAACAGGGUCAUCCAAGGUGUCAUAAAACAGAUGUGGGUGUUAUUUAAGACAAAUAUAUGCAUGGAACAAAAUGGAGUACAUUUUAAAGUGAUAGUUUACUUUGCAUGAUGAUUUCAUAUUUCAGGUCAUACUUGGACACAUGAAGCAGUGCUGCUACUGAUUGAUUUAUUCGGCAAAAAUAAGGAUAAAUUUGCAUCUUCCUGCUUCAAACAAAAAGACAUCUGGCAAUGCAUUUCUGAAAAAAUGAAAGACAGUGGGCACAUUGUUGAUGGCGUUCAGUGUAACGAGAAAUUUCGUUCCCUGAAGUAUAGGUAACAAUGUCUACAUUUUUUGUAUAUGUUAAAUGUAUUUUGGUUUUGUGCAUUUAUUCAUGUAUUGUUAUGCUUGAGAAAAACCUUCACUUUCACAUCAAAUACUUAUUGUCCGGUGGGUACUUUUUAUUUUUUAUAAACAAAUGCUAUAUACAAUAAUGAAACAUGCAGUUCUGUUGAUUUAUAACACAACUUAUCAAUUAUUCAAUUACAUUAUUGUGUAUGCUGUAAACAUGACACAUUUUGUGUACAAUAAACAUAUCUUUCUAUUCAACUGUGUGUUUUCCUGCACUGUGAUUGAGUUCAUGGUAAUGAAUUGAUUGAUACUAAUAUAUUUCAUUAAAAAAACAUUUUAAUUCUUUAUUUCUAUUCUUAAUUUUGAUUCAUUUCAGACAUAAGGUGAUUACUGACAGUAAUGCCAAGAGUGGGCAUGUUACUAAUCUCAUGAUAUGGAACUUUUAUAAUGGUAUAUCUUUUACCUUACCUGAGUGCAAAGUACUUGCGCUCAGAUAAUUGUUUUCGGCUUGUGUAAAUUGUGUUGUUCUUACGAAAUGUCUUUCAUUAUUUCAGUUAUGUUAAUUGGACAUUAGUUUAUAACAUUCAGCAUACACCUCCUUUGUAUUCAUUAAUACAUUUACCCUGAACAUGUUUUUUUAUGAUCAAAUAAUGUGAUGGUAUUUUAAGUAACAUCCUCCUUGAAUUAUUAUUGCUUUAAUGAAAAAUUAUUCGUUUGUUACAUUGAAAGAAGUGUAUUAAAACUUUAUAUGAACAUUGUUUCAUUCAGAACGGUGUCCCCCAAAAAGGCAGCUAUUUACAGCUACACCAAUAAGGCCGCAGAAUGAAGAACACAAUGAACAAUCAACUCCCGGUGACCAAACACCUCACACACGAAAACGCCGACGUGUUCAACAGGAGCCACCUGAAUGGUUUCAGGCUUUUAGGGCUGAGCAGAAUGAGAGGAUGGACCGGUUAGAAGCAGCCAACAACUCCCUGAUAAAAAUUGCACAGGAACGAAAUGACAUUUUAAAAACCCUUGUAAAUCAUUUAACGAAGAAUAAGUAAAGUAAAAUUGAUUGUUUGAAGAUUAUGGAGAGCUAUACUGUACUUCUCACCUGGUUAUUUUGUGGCAACUACCAACUCUAUCAUAUCUCUUAAACUACAUGAUGUAUUGCAUUGAAACCGUAUACAAUGCUUCCCAACCAUCAUACAAACUGAAAUAAGCAAGUAAGCUAAAUCUAUCAUGCAUUUAAGGCAUAUUAUGGCCCUCUGUCUUUUGAAUUAGAUGAUAUUGUUAUUAUAUUAGGGAAAGUUUGGAUUUUCCCUUAUAAGUCUAAUACCUUCAUUCAAUUCUAUUCACAAAAUCACGUAUUAGGGCAGGCUGGGAUACUUAUAACUUCUAUACCCUUCAUUCAAUUUAUUUGUAAACUUCACACAGUUAUUCAAGACCAUCCCGCCUUAAUACAAGUUAUGGCACCUGAUUGACUUGGGAACUUAUGUUCAAGCUUAUUGCAGGUUGAAGUUUGAGGGCCAUUUUAAUCCUUAAUACCAACUUAUGGCCCUUUUUGUGUUAAAAUGUCUUGCAUCAUUGUUUGGGCGGUCUAGUGUGAAGGCAGCUCAAAGCAACCUUAUGGCUCAAAUAAUUUUCGGUAGAUUUCACAUGUACUGACCAAAAUUGGUAUAAAGGAAGAGUUUAAUGAGACUUCAUGGGAUUGCAUCUGAGGUCCCUUGGAUCGAGAUCAAGGACAAAGGUAAUAUCUGUAGAACAAUGGUUGGUAUUGAAUAACUUAAGUAAGGGUCGACAUAUUGAAAGCCAACUUAGUAUACAUUAAGAGUUUAUCGAGACCUUUCAUAAGAUUUUGUUUAUUGCUUAUGACAAGCACAUCUAUUAUUAUUGUAUUCACAUCUCAGUCAGAGUGGCGUAGUCGAGCCCCUUGUCUUACGACAGCUCUUGCUUUAUAAAUGUAAUACUUGAAAAUGUAAAACAAAUAUUAACAUUUAUGAAAAAUGUGUUGUAACAAUCUUGUCUCAUGCUUUAUAAAUUUUUGUAAAUGUUUUCUUUGGAAAUGUUCUCUUUUGAAAAACAUUGAUGAGCCAGUAUCAUAUAAAAUAAUUCAUUCUCUAAUUCAACUUUUAUAUUACAUAAACUGAAACCAUUCUCAAAAUCCUUUAUGUUAUGACUCUUUAAAGCCACCUCAACUCUUAUGUUAAACAAUGCUUUUAAAAUAAUUAAUACAUUAUACAAUGCUUUUAAAAAAUUCAUUAACUAUGUUCAGUAUCUGUGCAUGAACCAAGUUCAUUGAUAAUGAUAAUUAUUUUGCUCAAAUACACCUUAUCCUAUUGAUUUUAAUUAAUAAGAAGGCUGGCAAAUUAUUGACAUAUGCAUUUUUUAUAUUUUCUUAAGAUGUUUUGAAGUGAAAUGAGUUGAUGCUGAGGUUGAGAUUAGAGUUCUGUUUGUGUCCUUAGACAAGAACUGUUCUCAUGUUUGUGUUAAUUGCUGAUAGUUAAUGUAAAAUACUAUAGGCAGUUUCUCUUAUGUCUGCAGUUGAACUUGCGUCCACCUGUUACAUACGUAAAUGAGCUCCAUGAUAAUGGCGGAACGAUGACUCUUUGGCUAUUACCAUUAUUCUUAAAUGUGUUCCAACAAUUAAAGACUUCUGGUUUGGUCUGAAUGUUAAAAGUUGAAAGCACACAAGCGAGUUGGUCUAAAGCAUCAACAAAAUUACUCAUCGCAGAAAUGGUCCAAUACAAAGAAAAAUUAAAUGCUGGUGCUAUGAAAAAGAAAACUGUCAUGAACAUGAUCUGUCAAAAACUUCAUCAGAAUAACUACCUGUUCACAGAAGACCAAGUCACUGGAAGAUGGAAAACUCUUGUCCGAGCCUACAAAGCAGUUAAGGAUGGACAAAACAAAAGUGGGUCGGGCAGAAAAACGUACCAGUACGAGCAAGAACUGGAUGAAUAUUUCCAAGGUGAUCCAAUUGUGAAACCACUUGCCAUUGCCACUAGUGGUUCAUCCAGUACAGAUAAGAGAGCAAUGGAAGAAGAGUCAGAUGAAAUUGAAACAGUGGAAUCACAGCCUAAACGUAAAAGGAAUUCAGCAUCAGAGAAUCAUGGAUUUCUCGACUUGCCAGUUACAAUUAUUGAGAAAAUAUUUAGCUUCAUACCACAGAAGGAUUAG